CAGACAAAGAGACGACAAGCAGGCACUCAGUUCUUUCCCUCAGUUUGGUGGGCUUGCUGGUGUUAUUCAAUCGGAGAUCAGAGGCAGUGUGUAACUGGAGGCUGCUGAUAUCUGCGGGUGUUGUGAGUGGCGGCAGUGCUGUGGAGGAGCAGUGUAGCCCAGUGAGGAGCUGAGGAGUGGGUUGACCCAGGGAGGAUUGGAAUAUGAAUGACUGCCAAGAUUGGGACGUCUGCUCAGCCUGCUCUAAGGUGAGUGGCGCUUCAAUCGGAAAGAAUCAACAGUGAUCUGACAGUGAUGCUGUGUAGCAGCGUCCCUCUCUGUCUGCCCCCCUCAUUCUCCCGUGAGGCCCAUGUGACCUAACCUACACCCACACACAGGGGGCCCCCAGUGCCGCUGGAGCCCACCCAUGAAUCCCAGCCCCGACCGCGGCAAAGAGUGCCUCCCUCCCAAAAAAAGGGAAACUCGGCAAGGAUCGUCCGAACACAACAUCCCUCUGGACGAGUUUAAACCCCCUGUGCCGCUCCGGAGUCGGUCCAGCACAGGGGGAGGGGAGGGGGGCAGGGAGGCCAGCGACAGGGAGCGAGCUCUGAUCAACCCGAGCCCCCAUCUCCUACAUACUCCUCCACCCCUUCCUGCUCCAGCACCAGGCCUCCCCCUGCCCCUACCAUGGCAUCUGGGCUACUCUCCCUCCAUCUCCCUCCCCCUUUUCCCAGGGCAGAUUGGAGAGAGGAGGGGCUCAGGGUCUCCCGCUUGGAGAGAUGAUGCUCUCUCCUCAGCCUUGCCCCACCACUCCAGGUGGCUCAGAGGGGAAGGCCCCCUCUCCUUGCCACCUUCCCCAUCUUCUUCUGCCGCCUCCUCCUUCAAGACUCCCUACCCAGCCGAUUCUAGAGAGAUUUGGUCCUACAUCAACAGUGGCCGGCGGGACAACAGCUCCCCUCUCUUCUCCCCCUCUUACUUGUUCAGCCAGCACUCUCUCUACACUCAAGAUCCAAGUUAUACUGAAGCCAGACAUAGAUACCUGGGCAAGAGGCUCAAUGGCCUAGAGGGGCCUGGCAGCAGGACUGCCUCAGCCUCCAGGUCUCUGCUCUCAGGAGAGUAUGGGAACGAGAGCAGCAGAGCCAGGCUGGACAUGGGUCCACACAGCUCCCAUACCAACGGUGGACGGAGACAGCAGGAGGAUCUAACAUCCCGUGUCCAUACUGGAGGGCCUUAUUUGUCAGACUCUCUAGCUCAGGAGGGCCCUGAGACACAUUCCUCACUGCAGGACAGACAUACACAUGGGAUAGUUAAGACCAGCUUACUCUCCUCCAGUCCCCAUCCCCUAGGACCAGUCCCCAGGGCAGGUAGAGGGGGUCUCCUGGACUCCCUAGGGGUCACACCAGCUGAGGCCCAGAUCUACUACUCCUUAGGAUCGGUGGGCCACCCCAGCCCUCAGGUCCAGCCCUACCCGCUCUACAGCCCCUCAGGAACCGCUCUGUACAACCUGCACAGGGAGCCAGUACCCAGGCAGCACAGUGUAAGGAACUCCCCUCACUCCCCCCUGGGUCUGCAUAACAGCCAUGACAGGUCACCAAGAGACCGGGACAGAGACCUAGAAAGAGACAGAGAGAAACUCCUACAAAGGGACAGGGAGCGAGGCAAAGAAAAAGAAAAGCACCUUCAACAUGACCAAGAAAGAGACACUGAGCGCGAGAGACGAAGGGAUAGGGAAAGAGACAGAGGGAGAGAGUUAUCUCCUUCUCAUGCUCACACCUCGCCCCCGACCCCUCACCCAUCUCCCCCUGCGCUCCUACCUCACUUCACCAAGGGUUCUCUGAUCGAGUUGGCCAGCGGCCGGUUGAAGCAGGUGGAGGAGCUGCGGACCGAAGACUUCUUGAGGAGCGCAGAUACCUCCCCCGAGUUUCACCUCAGCACCUGCACUGUGCUGCUGAUUUCCCCCAGCAGCACACAGGGCUUCAGCCACCUGCAGGUCCACCUCACAGACCGCAACACUCAGGAGCUACUGAAGGUCUUGGUGGAGUAUCCGUUCUUUGUGCAGGACCGAGGCUGGUCUUCUUGCUGCCCGCAGAGAACCUCACAGCUGUACGGCCUGCCCUGUCGCCAGCUCAUGGAAGGCGAUGUCUGCCUGGCUCUCACCCCCACCCCCACCCCCACCCAAACCCACCGGACACGCACGCGUACUGGCUCCAGGGCCCAUCGCACGCAACUCCCCCCAAGGGCUGCAGGAGACCCCAGCAGCUUGCACAGGGAGGAGAUGCCACCUCCACCUCCCCCUCCCCCUCUCCCUCACCACCCACCUCCUGCUGCACCGGCCCCUCGGCGGGCGCUGGCUGCAGUCCCCCCUGCUCAGGAGCAGCAACGUCCGCGAAAACGGCGCUGGUCUGCCCCGGAUACCUUACCCUCAACCGGCACUGAUGAAAGCCUCAUGGAUUUACCUCAUGGCUCCAAGCUAAUGAAGUGGCAGUAGAAACUUGGAAAUGCAUAGGCAUAUAUGCAUACUUACAAACACACAUAAGCACAUACACACCCUCCUAGUCUCUGUUGCACCCACCAAGAAGACAAUGGAGAGACCUCAAGGUAGGGUUGCAGGGAAGGAAUACAAAAAAAAGAAAACGCAAUUUACGGGUGUCCACUCUGCUGCCCAAAAUAUUAACCCCCACCCUAGUCUGGUCCUUGUUGCACCCUCCUUUCCUAUCCUUUCCUUUCUUCCCCUCAACAUUACUUAGCACACCCCUAAAAGGAGCAGCAGCAGAAGGAUCCCUAGAUGGCUCCUUACCGACACUGAAGACAUUGAGACAAUCAAGCACUUGUCUGUGUUCACUGUUUUUGUAAUGGUUGUCGCACACACCUACUUAAUGACAGUGUGUUCUGCAGGGUAUUGACUUCCAAUCAGUGUUAUGAAAGUAAACGCUAUUGAAGAAGUGCAGAUAUAUAUGAACAAAGGUUGACUAUAUAUAUUACAUUGCAGAUGUUAAAUACAGUACAUAUGCUAAACAGAUUUAAUGCAAUCUCUUUGUCGAUUUCGCGAUGCAUUUUUGUUUCUUUAAUUGUCUUGCAGCUGAGCCGAUGUCUACAUGUCGGCCUAUGCAGGCAAUGUGAAUGUAUGAGCAACUUAUAGCCUUUUUUUAUUCUCAUCACUGGGUGUCAUUUAAAACAAAUGAUUGUUCUUCAAGGCAUUACCCUCCAAUAUGUUCUUAACAUUUUCUCUGAGAGAGGGAGAACACUAAUGAAAACUGCGUAACAGACAAUCCCGCCCACACAGACAGGUCUGUGCCACAUCGCCUCGACACUCAUGGUGUUUUUCCAUUAAAAACAGAAUGAUGGAAAGAGUAGGAAGUGCAGUAUGGCUGACGAGUAAUGGUGCUAGUAACAAGUUGGAACAUGAUGCUUUGUGAAUACUCUUGACCCCUGUGUAUUGUACGCUUCUGUUCCCAUUUCAUUUUUUUAUGUACUGUAUUUGUUUGAAGGCAGGGAAAAUGAUGAAAGUAUUUUAAACUCAGAUACGGGUAUCUCCUCUGAUUCAGCACACUCUCUCACUUUAGUUUUUGUGUUUUUUUUAUUUAAAAAAAAAAAACCUUACCUGUGGAUUUUCUUUUUAAAUGUUAUAGCUACAAAAAUGUAUAUUUUUUAAAAUUGUGAAUCUGUUAUAUGAUGUUCGCUAGAAAUAAAGGAAAAAAAGCUUUAUAG